UAUUCUUGUUUUUGUUGUUGUUUUUUCUGCUCUGAGAGACUGAAGCGACAUUAUAAGGACGUCAUUUAUUUUUCCCCACAGUGCCGGAGCGCGUGAAGUGUGUCGGAGUUUCCCUUCGCUCCGAGUUGGUGGAAGCCUGUGGCGUGUUCCCCUCAAAUCCAGCGGGAGAAAACUAACACACACACAGUCACGCGCGCGCGCGGCUCACGGAGAGAAUGAACGCGGGACUUAAUUUUGGACAACUUGGCGGACAGCUGGAGGUUUUGGGGGACAGACUGUGAGCGGACGAUGGAGAGAGACAACUUUUACGAGAUCCAUCUGAGGGCCUGAGGUGUCAUGGACAUCCAUCUGGAUCAAUGACUCAAAGCCCUCUCUCGUCCUGAGCCAGAAGUUCAGCAGGCUUCAGAAAAGCUCCUCUUAUCAGAAGGAAGAGGCAGUUGACCUCAAACCCAGAAGAAGCGGAGAACGACGCAACCAGAGGCUGCUCUUUCUUUUUAUUCGGAUUAGCCUUCAUGACCAUGGUAUCCAGCAUCGUAAGGGCCUGUCCAUCUUCGCUCCAACUUCUCCUUCCUCUUUUGCUGCUGCUGCGGUUGGAAGGGCUCAAAGCUGCCCCCUCUGGCCCGGAGUCCGACACAUGCUCCACGCUGGUCCAGAACCGCUUUUUUGGCUUCUUCUUCUCCUCCUUCGUCUUUCCUAGCACACCCUGUUCGUGGACCCUGCAGAACCCGGAUCCGAGGCGCUACACUAUUUUCAUCAAGGUCACCAAACCUACGGAGGACUGUGUGCCCCGGCAGCACCGCACCUUCCAGUAUGACUCCUUCCUGGAGACCACCCGCACCUACCUGGGCAUGGAGAGCUUUGAUGAGGUGGUCAAGCUGUGUGAUGCCUCCACUCGCAUGGCCUUCUUGGAAGCAGGGAAGCAGUUCCUUCAGAUCCGGAAGGGGCCUCCCAAAGUGGGUUCGGGCCGAGGGGAGGGGAACGGGGAGUUUAAGGUGGAGUAUUUGGUGGUGGGAAAACGGAACCCCAGCAUGGCUGCCUGCCAGAUGCUGUGCCAGUGGCUGGAGGACUGCCUGACCUACAGCACAUCCAGCCGGCCCUGCGGCAUAAUGCAGACUCCCUGCCAAUGCUGGGACCCUCCUCCGCUUGACAAAGAGGAAAAUGGAUGCUACAGAGAUGGAGUCUACCUGGAGAACUGUCUGCCCACUGUGAAAGUGCCACCUUCUGACACAGACACCAGCGGAGGCUGGAGUAGCUGGGGGAACUGGGCGGAGUGCAGCAGUGAGUGCGGGGGCGGGGUCCAGACGCGCACACGUGUGUGUAGCGCAUCUCCAGAUGAAGCGUACCUGUGUGAUGGAGUGCUGGAGGAAGGCCGGCCCUGCAACUCCCAGCCCUGCAUCGGCAAAGGACGGCAUGGCUCGCGUAGCCAGUCACUGCGAUCGGUGGACAGCCGUAAGCGAGAGGACGUGGACAAGAGCCGUAGUGGACAGCAGUCUUCUCAGACAGACUCUCCGUCGGGUGAGGAGUGGUCCCCGUGGAGUGUGUGUUCGGCCACAUGUGGUGAAGGCUGGCAGAGUCGCACGCGCUUCUGCGUCUCCGUCUCGUACAGCACACAGUGUAGCGGCCCACUGCGCGAGCAGAGACCCUGCAACAACACCGCCGUGUGUCCAGUGCACGGUGCGUGGGACGAAUGGUCUCCAUGGAGUCUGUGCUCCUCCACCUGUGGUCGUGGCUACAGGGACCGCACGCGCACUUGCAAGCCGCCGCAGUUUGGAGGAGAUGCGUGCGUGGGCCCUGAGAAACAGACCAAAUUCUGCAACAUCGCCGUCUGUCCAGUGGACGGUGUGUGGAACGAGUGGUCUGCCUGGAGCUCGUGUUCAGCGUCCUGUUCUAAUGGCACUAUGCAGCGCACUCGCGAGUGUAACGGCCCGUCAUACGGCGGCUCUGAGUGUCAGGGGGAGUGGCUGCAGACACGGGACUGCUUUCUGAGGGAGUGUCCUGUGGAUGGACGAUGGCAGCAGUGGAGUUCUUGGUCUAGCUGUACGAAAACGUGCGGCGGGGGGAGUCAGCAGAGGCAGAGGGUGUGUUAUGGGCCAUUCUUUGGGGGUGAGCCAUGCCCAGGAGAGCGGGAGGAAGUACGUCGCUGCAAUGAGAAGAGAUGUCCAGAGCCCCAUGAGAUUUGUGAUGAGGAGAACUUCUCUAAUGUGGUGUGGAAAAGAACUCCUGCUGGAGACACAGCAGCUGUACGCUGCCCACCUAAUGCUGUGGGCCUCAUCCUUCGUCGCUGCUCUCUGGAUGAUGAGGGUAUCGCCUACUGGGAGAAUCCCACCUACAUGAAAUGUAUCUCCAAUGACUACCGCAGCAUCCAAACACUGACCCGUGACCACCUGUCGAAGGCACAGAGAGGACUUGUGGGAGAUGGAGUUUCUGAGGUAAUGACCAAGCUGAGGGUGACCUCCAGUGAUGGCACCAGCUACAGUGGAGACCUGCUGGCUAUAGUGGACGUUUUGAAGAACAUGACAGAAAUCUUCAGGAGGUCCUACUACAGCCCCAGCAGUGCUGACAUGAGGAACUUUGUUCAGUCUGUUAGUAACCUGCUGAUGGAGGAGAACAGGGAGCGAUGGGAAGAAGCGCAACUGUUGGGGCCUAAUGUUAAGGAGCUCUUUCGUCUGGUGGAGGACUUUGUGGAUGUAAUCAGCCUCCGAAUGAAGGACUUUCAGGACACUUACGAGGUCACGGACAACCUUGUGUUGAGUAUUCACAAGCGGCCCGUGCAGGGCACUGCUGACAUCAGCUUCCCCAUGAAGGGCUGGAGGGGCAUGGUGGACUGGGCCCGCAACUCAGAGGACAGAGUCACCAUCUCCAAGAACAUUGUCUCCUCUGGCAACCCAGAUGAAGAUGAUGCUUCAGCAUUUGUGACCGGCAUCGUCCUGUACCGAAAUUUGGGAAGUAUCUUGUCUCUUCAAAGAAACAGCACAGUGCUGAACUCCAAGGUGAUCUCUGUGACAAUCAAGCCCACUCCCAGCUCCCUCUCGGCCCCAGUGGAGAUCGAGUUCUCACACCUGUACAACGGCACAACCAACCAAACCUGCAUUUCGUGGGAUGAGAGUGACAGCUCGUCUCUGCUGGGCUCGUGGUCUGGCCGCGCCUGCAGAGCCGUGCCCAUCGACUCGUCCAGGACCAGAUGUGUGUGUGACAGACUGUCCACCUUCGCCAUUUUAGCGCGCCUCAGCCUCGACGCGAGUAUGGACCCAUCCAAGACGCAGCUGCCGUCCGUGACUCUGAUCGUGGGCUGUGGGGUCUCCUCCCUCACCCUCCUGCUCCUCAUUAUCAUCUACGUCUCCGUGUGGAGGUACAUCCGCUCAGAACGCUCCGUCAUCCUCAUCAACUUCUGUCUGUCCAUCAUCUCCUCUAAUGCUCUCAUCCUCAUCGGACAGACUCAGACACGCAACAAGGUUUUGUGCACUCUUGUGGCUGCUUUUCUGCACUUCUUCUUUCUCUCCUCCUUCUGUUGGGUUCUGACAGAGGCCUGGCAAUCCUAUAUGGCUGUGACGGGCCGUUUGAGAAACCGCAUCAUACGCAAGCGCUUCCUCUGCCUGGGCUGGGGCCUACCUGCUCUUGUUGUGGCCAUCUCUGUUGGGUUUACCAAAGCAAAGGGAUACGGUACAGUUAACUACUGCUGGCUGUCUCUGGAAGGGGGGCUGUUGUACGCGUUUGUGGGACCAGCUGCAGCCGUAGUUUUGGUUAACAUGGUUAUCGGCAUUCUGGUUUUUAACAAACUGGUGUCCAAAGACGGCAUUACUGAUAUGAAACUGAAGGAGAGGGCAGGUCAGAUGACAGUGCCACUGUACAAUAUGACGCUCAAAUGUGCCAAGUGCGGAGUUAUCUCGUCGGCUGACCUUUCCACCACAGCUACCAGUAACGCCAUGGCGUCUCUGUGGAGUUCCUGUGUGGUUCUGCCACUGCUGGCCCUUACCUGGAUGUCUGCGGUUCUGGCCAUCACCGACCGCCGCUCAGCCCUCUUCCAGAUCCUCUUUGCUGUCUUCGACUCUCUGGAGGGAUUCGUCAUUGUGAUGGUGCACUGCAUCCUGCGCAGAGAGGUUCAAGAAGCGGUGAAGUGUCGAGUUGUUGAUCGUCAGGAAGAUGGUAAUGGGGACUCGGGUGGAUCUUUCCAGAAUGGCCAUGCUCAGCUUAUGACUGACUUUGAGAAGGAUGUGGACAUGGCUUGUAGAUCAGGCACUCUGAAGCGCUCCUCUCUCCAAGGGGAAGAGAAGUUGGCCCCUCAGCAGCUCACUCUGCAGAAGGGCUCCAAUUUUAACACCAUGCCGGCCAGCAUGGCCAAAGUUCACCUGCAGAACGUGGCCGACUACGCCAGCCACACACUCACACUGCGCCGUGAGAAGGGUGCCAUCGCGGGGAUAAGCACAGAGCUGCCCGGAGCCAAGUCCAUCUACAUCUGCGACGGAGAGCUGUUCAAGCAGCUGGAUGGAGACCUGAGCCGAGGCCCAGGGGACAGCAGCACGGGCCCCGAGGGAGGAGGGGGAGUGGGCCAGGGUUAUGUUAUCCUGCCCAACAACAACAACACCACCACCCUCAGGCCGGCCAAGGCCAACAAGGAGGACCAGGCCUCCAAGUACAACAUCAGCAUCGAGCAGCUGCCCCAGACCAGGCUCAUCCAUCUGACCAACCCCACGGGCACGGAGCCUGUGCCGGGCUUUGGGCUGAAGACCCUCCCUGCCGAGCGGGUCAGCGUGUCAUGCUCAGAAAGGGAUUCCCCCGUGCAGACCAUCCAGAACAUUUCCAGCGAGGCCCAGAUGAGCAGCGGUGCAUGUGAGCCAGGGGACUCUGGGAAUUCAGGCAUGAUGUCAAAGAGCGAGACCGUCUCCACACUGUCCAUGAGCUCCCUGGAGAGACGAAAAUCACGCUACGCAGAGUUGGACUUUGAGAAGAUCAUGCACACACGGAAGCGCCACCAGGACAUGUUCCAGGACCUCAACAGGAAACUGCAGCAUGCAGAGAAGGACAGAGACUCUCCUCCGGUGGAUGGCAAGCCUGGGAAGAGGUGGAGCGUGUCGUCUGGAGGCAGUGAUAAAACCAACCUUAGUGACAAGCAGCAGACUCCCAGUAAGCGGGCAUGGGAGGGAAUCAGGAAGACGCACUCUCCGCCGUCGUGGGUUCGGAAGGAGCUGGAGCCGCUGCAGGCGUCUCCUCUGGAGCUGCAGGCGGUGGAAUGGGAAAAGGCCAGUGCCACCAUCCCUCUGGUGGGUCAGGAGAUUAUGGACCUGCAGACUGAGGUCUGAUGGGCCUCCAGCACUGCGCAUAGGCUUGGAACAAAACCGCUCCACUGGCAGGGAAGAGAGAGAAAGUGAGAAGUGUGCAAGGGAAAAAAAAGAAUCCGGAAAAUGAAACAGCGACUUCGUCAGUGUACAAUUUGUUUUAUUUUGAUGCUGGAAUGGCCUUUCCCUUAAUGUCAAAGGGAAUCGUAACACUUGGGUCCGGACAUGUUGCUAUGGAAAUGGCCUUGCGUUACCCAGAUUUGCUGGAGUUUUAGUGGUGACCCUCUUUGGCAUUCUGGGAUGUCGCCAUGGGAACGUGGGGAGUGACUGAUAAGGAGGAGAAGAGAAAUUCAGGCUGUGGUUGGAAGGAGCCUGAGUGUGUGGCCUUCAGUUUCUUACACUCUUCUUGGACACAAUAACACAUUCAUCUCUACACAGAAAAUAUUUAAGACCAUUACAGAUUAAAAAUACUUGCAUUUCUAGCUACAUGAAGCCUUCAAAUGUCUAGCAAAGGUCUGGAAAGCCACAAACAAACCACUGGGAAACCUCAUUUCAUGAGCAAUCACACAACAUUCUGUCAUGAUUCUAACUGGUUCUAAUGAAAUUAUUAUUAUUAUUAUUAUUAUUAUUAUUAUUAUUAUCAAUGUGCCACAAAAAGCAAAUGCCUAUGCUGCUUCGGCUGUGAUGGGUGGCGUGGUGGUAGGGUCUCCGCUACCUGAGCACAGAGGCCAAAGCCAUCCGCAUAUGACUGUUAGUAAUGAGAGAAAUGCCUGCUCCACAUGUCCUCCGUGAUGCAGUGGGGGAUUUGACCACACAACCCUACUGAGCCAAAAGCGCCCAUGUCCAUGCCCGUGUCCCUCCCUUAAUUCCCAGAAUCAGCCAACGAGCCAUCCACCACACGCCAACCGCCCAUGGAUGCUUCAGAAACAUCUGUGCGAGUCCAGGAUUUUACCGCCAAACGCCUCAUCAGCGAGAGACACUCAUAGAGGCAUCCUGUCGAGGGAAACCUUCAGGUGCAGGUGUGAAGAGACGGGGCAUGCCCUGCUGGAUCAAAACAGACAACCCAUCUGUGGAUGUGCCGUGGCAUGAAAACGAUGACUCUGUUCGCUUCAUGGUGACGCCUUGACAAACUCAUUAGAACUGUGGAGGGUGCUGAUCACAGCAAGCGUAGAGCAAGUGAGCUGACUGCACUCAGAGAGUACGAGUAUGUAUAGAAUCAUGUCGGAAAGCGCAAGCCGAGGUAAAUGAAUAUACAGUAUAUAUACAUAUGAAUAUACCUUAUAAAUAGAUAUGAGAAGUAUAUGAAUUUGCAGAGUUUGAUUACGUGGUCAGUGGAUGGUUUCACAUAGAGAAAGCACAAGGCUCACUCCUCAGAGUCCUGUUGUAUAGCAUUGUAAUUAUUUCCAAAAAGAGUUCUACAGAAUGAAUUUUAGCCUAUAAAUAUCUUUCUUACUGUGCUUGGGGAAUAUUGUUAUUCUUAUUAUAAAAAUCAUUGCGAUUAUGAGAUCCCCAAAUCUUGUCAGGUUACUGGACUAUAUGAGUGUUCUGUAACUCCAUGUAACAGUGUGUGUUUUAAUAUCACUGACUGUCACGCCAGGAAAAAAAAAUCUGUACUUGUCUGAUCUCUCCGUCCCCGCCACCCCUCCACUCUCCCUUUUUUAGUUAAUCGGGUCUCUUUGUUAAUGUACAGUUUUCAGAGCACAAGAUGAAUGUGUCAUAUUUCUAAUAAAAAAUACCUAUAUAAU